AUGCAGUCGGAGCGGAAGAAGCUAAUGGAAUCUGAAUUGAAUCUGAAUUCCAUUUCGUGGAAAUUCACUGUCCAGGGUGUCUUGAACUCGCCAACCACAGAGAUGCCAUCAAGGGAAGCAGAGGAUUCUGGAUUCAUCACGAGACCGAAAGCGACAUCUGGGACAACUCUAGCAGAGAAGGCAGCGGCAUUAAUGCUUGAAUAA